AUGCUUCCAUCACUUCGGUUCCAACGACUGGUACCCGUCGCCUUCAUUGUCCUGGUCUGCUUUUUCUUCCUGGGCUCACGUCUUAAAGAAACGCCGGACCCUGCCCUCGGCGCUCUUGACGGCGCCAUCAGCCGGCCUGAGGGCGCGUCUGACGCACAGUCCCAAGCACAAACUCCAGCGCCACCAUUAACGCCGACGACCCCCGAGACAAAGAGCGACGACGUGGCAGCGAAGCCAGGCCCUCCUCAAUGCGCGUCCGAGAUCGAGCGGCACCGUGCCUUCGGCCUGUCAAGCCAGUUCGUUUACCACAGGCGCUGCAUCAAACCCAAGCAUACGUCCGACGCCCCGAGAGAUGUCGUCACAAAGAUACAGAAGCCGCUCAUCGGCAAGGGCGCCCACAUCAACCUUGAUACCUGUACACAUGACGAUCUCCCGCCAUGCGACCCCCUAACGUUGGAGGUGCCAUUCAAACACCCGGCAAAGAAAUACCCACACCUACUCUUUGGUAUCUCUACCAUAUACAAGCGGUUGGAGGAAAGCCUGCCGGCAUUCGCGACAUGGCUCGCCGGUUCCGAAUCACCUAUGGUGGCCGUGGUGGUGGAUGCGGAGCCUGAGAAUGAGGCGCCCAAGGAUUUCAAGGCCAUAGAGGCUGUGUAUCUCAAGGCAGGUAUCAAGCUGACCUGCGUAAAGCCGCGCAACUCGACUCUCAGUGUGGACCAGAAUCACUUUGCUGUAAUUGAUGACCUCGUCGAGGCCGCCACGCCGGAGAUCAAGUGGAUAGGGCUAUUGGAUGAUGACACAUUUUUCCCUAGUCUGUACAACCUUGAUCAGGAACUUGCAAAAUACGACUACAAGAAGUCGGUAUGGCUAGGAGCCCUCUCGGAGGACUUGGAGGCGAUCCGCAACUGGGGCGUGAUGGCAUUUGGAGGGGCUGGUGUCUUCCUCAGUGUCCCUUUAGCCAAGGAGCUAGCGCCACGAAUUCCAGACUGCAUCAACAACGCUCGCCGCGACACGGGAGAUGCCAUUUUGCGCGAUUGCAUCUUUGACGAAACACAUACCAAGCUUACCACUGUGACGGGACUAUAUCAACACGACCUUCGCGGCGAUAUCUCAGGCUUCUACGAGUCUGGCGUACGCCCGCUGUCCUUGCAUCACUGGAAGUCGUGGUACCAUGCGCCCGUGGACAAGAUGGCCAGCAUAGUAAAUGUGUGCGGCGACUGCUUCCUGCAGAGGUGGCGCUUUGGAAACGACACACUAUUUGCAAACGGUUACUCCAUCACACAAUAUCCCGGGGUUGAGGGUGGCCUCGACAAUCUUGACUUGGAGAGGACAGAGACGACAUGGGUUACGAAUCGCAACGACUUUGACUGGAGUCUGGGACCGCUCCGGGAAAGACUCGCCGAUGGAAAGAAGAAGUCGUACCUCCUGGUCGACAUAAAGAAGUCCGACAUGAACCUGAUUCAGUUUUAUGUUUUCAAAGGCAAAAAGGAGAACCAGGAGAUUGAUGAGCUUGUCGAGAUUAUAUGGGAGUUAUAA